CAGCCCGCACUAUUUAAGGUGAGCACACUGGAGCUUUCUGUGAGUCACAGCACUCAAAAGGCAAAGCACUGAGUUCCACGCAGCCCAGCUCCUGAGUCCUGCUGUGGGAAGGAAUCCUUCUUCUCGCCAUGGCUUCCCUGGGACAGAUCAUCUUCUGGAGCAUUAUUAGCAUCAUCAUUAUUCUGGCUGGAGCAAUUGCACUCAUCAUUGGCUUUGGUAUUUCAGGGAAACACUCCAUCACAGUCACUACCUUUACCUCAGCUGGGAACAUUGGAGAGGAUGGAAUCCUGAGCUGCACCUUUGAACCUGAUAUCAAACUUAAUGAUAUCGUGAUUCAGUGGCUGAAAGAAGGUGUCAUGGGUUUGGUCCAUGAGUUCAAAGAAGGCAAAGAUGACCUGUCAGACCAAAAUGAAAUGUUCAGAGGCCGGACGGCAGUGUUUGCUGAUCAAGUGAUAGUUGGCAAUGCUUCUCUGAAACUGAAAAGUGUGCAACUCACAGAUGCUGGCACCUACCAGUGUUACAUCAUCACUUCUAAAGGGAAAGGAAAUGCUAAUCUUGAGUAUAAAACUGGAGCCUUCAGUGUGCCAGUGGUAAAUGUUGACAAUAAUGCCAGUGCAGAGAGCUUGCGCUGUGAGGCUCCUCGAUGGUUCCCCCAGCCCACAGUGGUCUGGACAUCCCAAGCUGACCGGGCUGCCAACUUCUCACAAGCCUCCAAUACCAGCUUUGAGCUGAACUCUGAGAAUGUGACCAUGAAGGUUGUGUCCAUGCUCUACAACGUCACAGUCAACAACACUUACUCCUGUAUGAUUGAAAACAGCAUUGCCAAAGCCACAGGAGAUAUUAAAGUGACAGAUUCUGAAAUCAAAAGGCGGAGUCACCUAGAGUUACUGGUUUCAAAGGCUUCCCUGUGCGUCCCUUCUUUCCUGGUAAUCAGCUGGGUACUCCUGCCUCUCUCCAUUUACCUGAUGCUAAAAUAAUGUGCUUCAACCACCCCAAAACAUGUAAAGUUACUGGCAUAACAGGAAUCUUCAGAAAUAUUUUACCUCAAGAUAUGACCUCCUUUUAUAUUUCUGGAAGAAAAUGAAUUCAUAUGUAGGAGUCUGGAGUAUAUAAACAAGAAUAAGAAAAACAAGAUUAAAGCAACCCUGGGAAAACUCCAGUGUGAACAAAAUACAUCUACCUUCAAAGACAUAUGUUAAAAGUUGGCAAAAUCAUUCACCUGAAGUAGAGAAAUGCACUAAGACUGCAUGUGAAGAUAAGUAUAUCUCAGGGCCCUCCCCUUACUCAUCAGCUCCUGAGGACUGAGAAGACGGAAUAUGGUAUCUCUGAAUCCUUAAUUAUAGGUGUGGUAACGUUAUUCUGAAGAACUUUUUGGACAGUUUCAGUCACCACAAUUUCACCUCUUAUAGUCUGAAAAUUAAACUGUAGUGUGUGCUUUAAGAAGCUGCUAAUCAGUUGUCACUUAAUAACUCAGUGACUGAAUUUUAGUGAAGAUUCAAAUGACUCAGUAAUCAGAUUAUUAUGAUGGUUUCAAUAGUGCCUUGCGUUCUGUCAUCAGAAAAAUGCCAAAGAUGUGAAAUACAAUCAUAAGUUUAUUCUGAAUAAAAUAGUUGGGUGACACUGAUUUUCUAAAUAAUAUGAGCACAUUUUUUGAACAAAAAAUGGCAUUUUAUUUCCCAGGUUAUGUUGAUCUGUGAAUGGCACGGGACUGGACCUCUCACUUUACUAUGUGGCAUUAUGUAAUAGGCUUCUACUUUCUUUCUUGCAUGAACAGUUAGGACUUUAGCUUUUACCAGCAUCUAGAGCAGUGGUGGUGAACCUUGGGCAUGCUGCAGCAGGCUGUUUGCAGCAUGGAAAGCUCUAAAUGGUUCAUCAUCACUGAUCUAGAGCAUUAGUAUUCAAUGAGGGUAAUUUUAUUUCCCUUUUGAUUUCCCAAGAGACAUUUGCCAAUAUCUGAAGACAUGUUUAGUUGUCAGACUCAUGAAAGACAGAGGACUGUGUUAGCAGUACAUAAUGGAGAGCCCAGGGAUGCUGUUCAACAUCCUACAAUGUACAAAACGUCACCCCACUACAAAGAAUCAUGUAGCCCCAAAUGUCAAUCAUGCCAAAGAUAAAGAUACUUUGAUUUACAGUAGAAAAAGAAGAAAGCAGACAAAUAUGGUUGCUUCUUAAAUCUGGACAUCGGCUUCUCUCUCUUGGGCUACUGCUUUGCCACAGAGAGCCAGAUCUUUAAGGGGGAACCACGAUAACAUCUUUCACUGAACAGAGUCUACAGGAUGUAGGAAAUUCUUUUUAGGAUUAUCUUCAGUUCACUGAGCUUCCAAGUUCUUUCCCUGCUUUCUACCUUGUAAACUAAGUUCACAAAAAAGUUAAGUUCCAACUUAAGCUCUCUCACUUGAAAUUUUAGAUCUCAGAAAAAUGCCUGGGCAAAAUUAAGGCAACAUACAUGUUCUUUCCUGAAGCUGCUGAGCUUUAUCUUAGGGUGCUGGUUAUCAAAUGCAGGGCCUUGCAAAUGUUAGGUAAAUAAAUACUCUACCACCGAGAUUCAUCCAGCCCACAAAGAGAAUUCUGGAAGAAAUCAGGGGAAAUAAAGCCUCGAGAAGCAAAGCUUUGAUUGAAAACAAUGUGGUGUUUCCAUCAGUCUUCCCACACUUUUCAUGUUAUCAUUGCCUCUCUGGCACUUUAGACUACCAUGUCUGUAUUAUAUUUUGUUAUAGAAAGCUUUGUUUUAGAGUUCUGUUCAUUUAAGAGGAUGAUUAAAUAUACAUUUCCUA